AUCAUGGCGGGUUCCGCGGAUGUCCACGUCCGAAUAUGUGCUCAAGAAAUAAUCAAAUACGACUUGGAAAUAAAAGCUCUAAUUCAGGACAUCAGCGAGUGCUCCGGCCCGCACAGCGAACUAAAGGAGCUGAACUGCAAAGUGAAGGAGACGUUCAACCUGCUCCGACAGCGGAUCCAGGAUAUGGAACAGAUGGCUAAGGAGCAGGACAAGGAAUCAGACAUGAUAGCUUUACUCAGUGAGACAGAAGGCCAUCGGAAACAAAUGUUAAGCAACCAGGCAGCAUGGAGAAAAGCUAACCUUGCUUGCAAGCUAUCUAUUGAUAACCUUGAAAAAGAUGAGCUGCUUCAUGGUCAGGAUACAUCAGUGACACAGAGAAAGACCACCAAAAAGAACUUGGCUCAGACUACAAGUGACAUCACAGAGAGCCUGAUGAAUAUCAGUCGGAUGAUGUCGCAGCAAGUGAAGCAAAGUGAGGAAACCAUAAACACUCUGGCUACCUCAUCAAGAACAGUACAGGAAACAAAUGAAGAGUUUAAAGCCAUGACAGGGACCAUUCAGUUGGGGAGAAAGCUCAUCACAAAGUACAAUCGACGGGAGUUCACAGACAAACUGCUCAUCUUCCUCGCACUGGCCCUCUUUCUAGCCACUGUCCUGUACAUUCUGAAGAAAAGACUUUUUCCUUUCCUGUAAAUGGAAAUAAUGGACUGAAAGCCAUUGGCUUUGUUUGGUAUUGCCCUUCAAAGUUAUUGCACAGUAAAAGACACUAAAUAUGUGCCUUAAAGGUGUAAUAUCUAUAUUCUUCAUUUAAUUUUGUUGGUCUUAUAUAAGUUAGUACUGAGUAUGAGGCGGUUGUCAUAUGACAAGCAAUGUCAUCCUCUGUCUUGCCUCAUGUAAAUAGUCUACAACAAGUCUUAAUGGAUCUAAAUAUCACUUCAGUAGACCAAAAGCAAUAGUUUGGGUGAGUACAGCUUGAUCUUUCUCAUGAAAUGUUAUUUUUCUGUAUUAGCAUUGCCCACAUUGGGAAAUUAAAAUUUGUUUUAGUAGGUAAAGCUUUCAUGCAAUUUAUAUUUAAAAGCUUUGCUUUGUAACAGGUGCAAAACUUAAAAGUCCUCACAAUUAACAAGACUUGCUGUCCUUCACCAUUUCAUUCUGUUUUACGCUCUUGAUUUGUUGCUGAGUCAGUUCAGUGGCAAUAACACAAACCUUUUCUUGCUCUAUCUUUUACUGUAUAUCUUGUAUGAAUACGGAUUAAAUUAAUAGUUUGAGUUGGGCUUUGGCUGCUGUUGAUCUGUUGGACAUUUUUUGAGACGAGAUGUAAUUGUUGCCAUGGGAAUUAUACAUUUGUUAUUUGCAGAAAUAGCAUGUUGUAAAUAUAAAUAAAGCAAUUCCUUUAUCCUUGUAUUGUCUUCAUAAGAAGGACCUUUGCUUCUAUAAUCAUUUGCAGGGUUCCCAGGCACAUAAAACCUCACUUUAUUACAGAGCUUACUGUAUUUUUUAGUGAUGCAAUAAUACUACUGGGGAUGCCCUUGAUUCGCCCCCUGUUCCAUUUUAAAUUGAUACUGGCAAUCGUUCAUGAUCGGAGUAAUGCAGGUGCCUUGACAAUCCUUUUUUUAGUUUGCCACAUGGUGGACGUAGGUUGGAAGGGACAUGAGUCAGAGUGCUGGGGGAGAGAGGGAAUGGAGGGGACUGUGGCAUUAAUCACAUUACUGGAGAUAAAGAAGCAUGCGUCCCCCGCUUUCCUCCGAUAAGACCCGGAAAGGCUGAUUAUUCUCGUCUUUUUCUUCCCCCUGCUUUCUCUCUGCUGGGCUGCCAGACGGGGGCUGUAUUUUUAGAAUGGUGUGGCCACAAUAUCUGACUUGUUCUUUUCAACACCUUAGGCAGGCAAACGGGCACUGCAUUGACACAACCUUUCUCCUCUACUUUGCAUUUUCUUGACAUUUAUAAAGAAAACAAAAUAUACUCACCAGUCUAACGUUCUCUGCUGGAUUUUCUUCUCUCUGUGUUGGAGGCUGAAUUACCUUUG